GCACAUGGGUGCGCGUCACAACGACCUUGUUUCGUCAUUGGUUUUCUUCAACUCGCACGGGAUUCUGGGUCACUGUGAAUCUAAUGGCGGCGGUAGCUGAGACGUCGGGGCUCAAGUCACUGGAGUCCGACAGUUCCGCUCCAAAAUCGACUGUGGAUGACGACGACGAUGAAUUGGAGGCGCUGCGCACGGCGGCAUUGUUGUCUAUGAAAGCCAGAGAAAAGCGAAAAUCGAGCACUGUUAAUUCUGAGGCGCGCGAGCGACCUGGUUCAUAUUCCAACUAUAGUCGCUUCCACCAUUCCAACCAGAGAGCCACCACCCCUGGAAAGCCGCUGUUCAGCUGGAACCAGCACACACGACCCAACCUUAUCGUAAUACAGCCUGUGCCACUGGAAGGAAGUGAAGCUGCAUCACCAUGCAAUGUGACUUCCAUCCAGACUAUACAGCCCUCAACAAAGUUGGUGUUGCCCCAGGACCGGUGGUGCCCAAAGCGGGACCAAGAGAGUCCAACUUCAAGUGCCAUUGGCCAGUCCAAACGCAGGGCAUCAGGCAAGUUCAGUCACUUCGAGUCCAGCUCUGAAAGUGAGGAAAGUGACGAUGAUGACCUGCUGCGCUCUGGUUCCGCAUCAUCCCAUAGUGGUGCAAGUACUGACGGGCGCAGUUCAGACGAUGAGCAAAACUCUACACGUGAAUCACCACCGUGUAGAUUUGCCCAAGAUUGUCUAGACAGCUGUCUAAGUGAGUCUACAUCUGAUUUGCCAGCAUUCUCCUCCCCCCGGCAUGACAUGACUUCAGAAGCGAGUGCUACUGACUGUGUGCAUAAGUCCAGUGAUGAACGCAGCCCUGGGCAUGCUAUACAACGUGGUUGCAAUGUUGACAUUGAUAGUACAACUGCCUGUGCUCAGCUCCAGGCAGGUGGUGACAGCUCUGGUACAUGUGCCGCAAAGGAUCGUUCGGGGCUGAUAAGCAGAAUGGAAGCAAGUGUCUAUGGUAGACACGAAAAGAUUAGUGUAGUGCCAAAUGAAAAUUCUCCAGAGGUGCCCAUUGAUUGUUCAGGCUUACAGUCACAAAGUGGCAGUGCCAGUCCUGUGAGGCACACAGCAAGGAAAAGUCCAGCCACGGAAGAGUGCCAACAGAAGUAUGAUGAGGGAAGGCUCACAAAUGGUCUCUCUACUGAUAGUCGAAGAGCUGUUCACCUUUCUCCAGACCUUGCAAGAGAAGAUCGACUAGCACGAGAAAGGCACAGCUCCCGGGAGGGCACACCAGGCAGCACAAGAAGUGUCGACAGCCAAGACCGCUCUACAAGCAGCGUUUUUGAAGCUAGACGCCGAAAGUUUGAGUCUACUGUGCCAGUGAAGCCUGUGGGAGGCAAGAUACUGCUGCUCAGACAGGGCAGGACUGAGGACCAAAGCCCACACCGUGAAAGCUCCCCUCUAUCAUCCCCAUGUGCUCGGACGAGAUCGCGCAGCAGAAGUGCAAGUCCGCCCCUCUUACGUUCCGUGCUGAGUGUCGUGAAGCGAGGUGCAUCUGAACUCUUACCAGCAGGUGUUGAGUCCAAGAAGCAUAGAUCUGGAAGGACAGUGGAAGUCGUAGUGCACAGUGUUGGCGAAGAGUCCACAGAUGCAAGUGAGCGUAUUGGCAACAGCAGCGGCAGCAAGCUGCCGGUCCACCUAAGGCUCGGCGAUGCCAGCACAGCUUCCUCAACAAGAAAGAAAAAAAGCAAACGGAAACGGUCUUCACAUGACUCGGCAGCAUACAGUGUCAAGCGGAAGCAUGCCAAGGCAAGAGGCCUCGACUCAGACGUGCGACGUGCGUGGCUGGGCCCUGACCAGCGCUGUCGUCGUAAGCGCGUGCCAUCUGCCCUCAGUGAUGGUGCUCCCUGACACCCCUAGGAAGAGGUGUCCACGCAGGUAAAGUGCCCUCUCCGUGCAUUGCUUGCUUUCUGCACGAGUUGUUUCUUGUUGAUUGCACGUGUGGCAUAGUGUUUAGGGGGAACACCAGACAUAUUGUACGUUUUUCCCUUCAUGGUAAUCUUAUUCUCCUCCUCCCUCUACACCCCAGCUGCUUUUCUUUUUUUUUUUUUUUUUUUUUUGUGGAAUGCGACUGUUGUGCACUAAAAUUGCUAGUGCCAAUAAAAAGCGUUGAUAAUUAGCAGCCUUGGUGCCCCUAUACAGCGCCAAGUAUUUUGUGGUAUCAGACUCACCAAAUUGGCCAUAGUCUAAUUGUUAAAAAACAGGCCAGAGUGCAAAUAAUGUGCCUAGACAAUUGAUUGCAAUGAAGCACAUGCAUAGUGUAAGCUUAAGAAUUUUAUGUGGUUUAUGUACACGUGCAGUGCAGCCAAGCUGCCCUCAUAACAACCCUGCAUUGUUGCUCCAUGUUUUGCAGUGGGGAUUAACGUUUGAGGGUCGUCACAGAAGUGGCAGAAGUGCUGUGUAGUUACAUGGUGCAUUGGUGCACCUAUGUUGUAUAUAGUUGUAAUCAUGAACCAUCAAAUACCUAUCUGAAAAACGUUCAGUUUUUUGGGACAAUAUAGUUUAUAUUCUUUCAAGAGUAAGGCAUGAGAGUUAUUUACCAUGCUGGCCACUUCUUUACAAAGUGCACCAUCUUUACUUUUGUGAUCUGUACACAAAUUUGGCAUGCCGUUUUACAGUAUGCCUUUUGUGAGUAUGUGUUCACUUUUUCCACUUUUGUUUCGUGUUGCUGCUAUGUUUAGUGCAUCAAAAGGGAAAGCGUCAGUGCAUACUGGAAGUAGCAUUCUUGAUGACAUCUUUUUCUCACAGCAGGUUGUGUGUCGCCGAUUAAAGUACUUAAGAGGUCUGGCUCAUCCCCACAAUGACUCGUCUUGCACUGUUGUGUGAUGAAAAAAACUAUUCCUGAGCUGAAACUGACUCUGACGAACACACACUGUGGCUGCCUGCUUGGACUCUGUUUUUGAUCUUGUUAUGCUGUACAAAGCUGUUAGUGUUUGGUGUGACAUGGCAAUGUAAUUUCAUCUUGUGUAACUUUUGGAAGCAUUGAUUCAUUGUAUGCGCAGUAUGGGAGAAAUAUCUAGCAAAGAGCAUUUCAAAGCACUUUUUUUUUCCUUUCUUCAUUCUUGCAUUAGUCUUUGUAUAGUGCACAAUGUGCAAAAGGUGUUAGUCUUUGCUAAUUUUCUGUAUAAGUAAACUUACCUGGCUGUCUUAUUUUCAUACUGGGCAAACGGCUUCAUGCUGCUGUUUCUUACUAAAUCAGAUCCGUUGCUUGAAAUUAAUUGUGACAACCAUCUGGGUGUCAGGUGGCAGUGCUACUUAACCAUAUCAAGUUAUAGCUCAGUGAAAUUCUUUGUGGCACGGCUGUAUUUUGGGCUAUAUUGUGUUUAUCACUGCCUAACUAGUUCAGCUUUUGAUUUUCUGUGUUGAGCCAAAAUGUGUACAUAGUAGUUUUCAAACGUACCAGAAAGACUGUCACAAGAGUAAUUUAGACACUGAUUUGCAGUGUAGUCUACAUUUGCUUCUGUGUAUGAUUUUAGGUGACCUGUUCACUUGUUUCUCACACUCAAGGAAGGAUUUCUUAUCUUGUGCUCAUGUAAUAGUCUAAACUUUUUUUUAUGCUGUUACAGAUUUGCAUAAUGCAUGAACCACACUGUUAAGCAUUUGCAUGGAUAGGUUGCGCUGUGUUUUUACAUGUUGCUCCAGUUGCCAAGCUUUCGGUGUAUGUGUGUUUUUUUUUUCUUGCCCUAUUGCCCCAUUUUAUUCUCACCUUUUCUUUAUUUUCUGUUAUAGGCCCCUUUACAAGCUGCUGUUUUAGUUUUUUGACAUUUUUACUUUGCUUGUACACAAUUAUGCAUUCUUUAGCCUUGUCUAAUGUACUUAGUGGACUUGUGCUGUGAUUAACUUUCAGAAUGGUUGGUUGGCUUUGUUAUCCAGACGGUUGCAGCAAAAUUGUUGUUUCUCUGGUUACGGUCUCUGUAAGCACCAUUUAAGAAACUGCACUGUGAAGCUGCUGUAUUUUGCUUUUUGCACCGAACUUUGUUUGUCUUGGGUAGGAUUUUUGUAACUAUUGUUUAAGUAGCAUUGACUGGUACAUGCUUUUCUUUUGGAUAAGUAUGCCUGCUAUGUUUUCCUUGCAUUUAUAUACUGCACAGGUGCCACUCUCCUUGGAAGUUAUCAGUGAUGUUUGUUUUCUCUCUCUCUCCUUCCCCCCCUAAUGGCAUUGUGUUAGUGCUUCGUGCCUUUGUAUUUUAUUGCAGGCAGAAAGAACUCGGCACUAAUAGGCAAGGGGCUUUUUAACAUAGCCUUUUUUUUUUGAAUGGUAGUCGUUUACAUUUAUAGUUGGCAUAUUUACCAGGUUUCAUUGCAUGCGUAAGGCUAGUGUUUUGGUAUUAUCUCGUUUAUCCUGGAUAUGUGCUGUUUUGUUAUUCUUUUGCUUUUGUUUCAUAUGCACAAGUGGAAAGCACUAAAGCAAAUGUGAAGCAGGGCUGUUAAAAUCAAAUGCUUUAUAAAUCUGCCAAAAUUCAACAAAAACAUUCAGUUUAUUCAUCCUAUGCUUUGCAGUCUAAUUGGCAUUAACUUUAUGCAUUCAUCAUUAAAGACAACCAGCAGCCCUCUUAAAAGCAUACUGCCUAUUUUUUCAGCAACAUUGUUUCCACAUUACUUUGGCAAACUUAGCAUAUACAUAUACCCAGUGUCUUUAGUAAAAAUGUGGUGUUUGUGACGGAGAAUGCAUGCUUUUGCAUGUGUUUUGUUUGUAAUAUUUUGGCGGUGUAAUGUAACUUUUUUUUUUCCAAGUUGUUACUGCCCAAAUUUUAAUUAGGCAGUAUACUUUUAUCUUGUACAGUUUGUUUGAAACAUCCCUCUUUCUUGCAUCUAUUUCUCCUGUUGUGCUGCUGAACGGGCGUGACAGUUCUCUAGUCAGCAAGUUCUAAACUCACCUUUUCUGCAUUGUUUUUCCAUGUCUCAGAGUGUGUGCAUAUGCCUGUGUGUGUCUGCGUGCUUGUGUGUGUGUGUGUGUGUGUGUGUGUGUGUGUGUGUGUGUGUGUGUGUGUGUGUGUGUGUGUGUGUGUGUGUAAAGCACACUCAUGGCUAUUCAGCUGGUGCUGAACUCUUGUCGUGUGCUGCACACUUUUGGACAGUUUCAUGAUUUACAUUGCGGUUUGCUGCGGUGUUUCUUGCUACCAUUGUGGUCAUACUCGUAUGCACCUUUGGACAAUUCUAUGUUUUCCUUUGUGUUGCAGCCGGCUGCGAUGGUGUUUAUUUCCACCUUUAUUUGGUCAUGCUUGUAUUUGUAUAUCGUCAGCGUUCUCGCUAGGCCAGGUACACGUUGCCACGAGGCCCGGGAACAGCACAAGAUGCCACUGUUACCUGGCAACUGCAAGCCAUCAGGAAGCUGGAUGAUUGAGUUGCAUGUCUGCUGCACUGUUCUCAUUAUGAGAAACCUCAUGUGCUUCAUAUUGAGCUACCUUCAACUGAAAGCCCUAAUGUAAAGUCAAGAAAUAAAAAAAAAGCCUUCCCACCAGACUACCUCCUCCAAGCCCACCUGCCUUUCCCUCUCCCCCUCUGAAAAGAAUAGUGGAGAGUAUCAUAAAUUCACACAAAAUAACUUCUCCUGUGUUAAACAGAGCUUUCAGGUCAUCCUCUGUGAAUAAUUUCCUGUAAAUAGCCAUGUACAGAAAAUGGGGAGAAAAAAGUGAAUAAACAAUAUUUUUUAUUGCUUUGACAA